ACAGACGUCUCCAGAAGGCCACACUCUUGUCUCAAAGCUAUACUUUCCAUUAUCGUUGCUGCUUGCAAAACUUUGGAUGGAACGAGUUUUUCUAGCAAAAGAAUACAGAUUUUUAUCUUUAAUGGUGCUUGAGCAGCCUAUCAUUUGGCUUCAGGAAACAGCUUCCUGGUUCUAAACACUUGCAAGCCGAGUGGCUGCCAGACAGACAGCUUCAAAGGCUGGCAGUAGAGACUGCUGCUGCUAAGUCUAGGGAAAGGCUUUUGAAAUGCUGAGAGCUGCAGAGGAUGUCAGCAUGGAACAGGAAGUCUUGGGUUCUCAAAGUGGUGAAAUGGUCAGCUGGGACAUCAAUGACAUCAAGCUCCCCAAGGACGUGAAACAAACAGAUUGGUUUCAGGAAUGGCCAGAUUCCUAUGUAAAAUGCAUCUAUAGCUCUGAUGACAAAAAUGCUCAGAGGCACCUAAGUAGCUGGGCAAUGAGGAACACCAACAAUCACAACUCGCGCAUCUUAAAAAAGUCCUGCCUUGGAGUCGUGGUCUGCAGCAAUGAUUGCUCAACUUUGGAUGGGGGAAAGAUGUAUCUGAGGCCAGCUAUAUGUGACAAGGCCAGGCAAAAACAGCAGAGAAAAUCAUGUCCCAACUGCUAUGGGCCCUUGAAGCUUAUCCCCUGCCGAGGUCAUGGUGGAUACCCUGUAACAAACUUCUGGAGACAUGAAGGACCAUUCAUAUUUUUUCAGUCAAAGGGGGCUCACGAUCAUCCAAGGCCGGAAACAAAAUCGGAAGCCGAAGCAAGACGAUCGAUACAAAAAGCGCAUGCCCCAAGUUCUCCGAGACUUAAACGGAGCAGAGAUGCUGAGUCCCUGACAGGUGAGAAGCCAAACCAGGACACUUUGCCAUUAAUAGUCUCCAAACAGGAAGACCUUAUGUUACAAAGUACCUUCUUGGGACAAGGGCAGGUGAUGAACGAUUGCUUGUCUCUUGCCAAAGGGUACAGUUCAAGAAAAUCCUCUUAUCUAAUAGAGCACACUCCGGACGUAGACUGCAGCAAAUACCUGGACAGGUGCAAACAGAUCAGAAGCAGAGAAUACAGCUGCAGAGGCCCAACUGAACCCUCAGUAUUUGCAUAUUCUGAAUACAGAGAACAACAAACCUGGAAUAAGACCGUGGGCCUGGGAAGAAACCCAUUGGCAGAGAAAUACUGCAGCGGCUCUCCGACAGCCCUGACGGGUCUACACUGCGAAACCCUGGCUUCCAUAAGUGCGGUUGAUGCAGGCAUCCAGCAUGCCCCAACCAAGUGGGACCCUAUGGCUAAAGUUGGCUACCAGUCCUUCAGAUCUAACGUAGGUACAUUUGGAGGAGAAGGCAUGUAUGAAGGAAAGCCACACCUGCAUUAUAACAGCAGCCAUGCUCCUUCCUCCUGCUGCCCGGUCUCUCCGGAGGAGCCCUGCCUCAUUGCAGAUGCUGCCCAUCACUAUUACCAGAAUUCCUUGCCCCUGAAAGGAAACGAGUGGCACUUUGAAGAAGAAAGGAAAUACACAAAUCUGGACCACUGCAACAAUGAGAUGUUUUUUAACUUCUUCCCUUUGCGAUGACACUGC